GCUAAUACCCUUAACGAGAGCAAUUGCUUUUGCUUCUCCACCAUCGACCAUCGUAUCCCGCCGCCGCCGCCGAAGACGCCGCCGACCAUCGAAGAGGCUGUGGAAGAAACCCACCUCUCGCUCUUCUCGUGCUGGUCUCGAUCUCCAGCCAACAUAUCUGGAUUUGAUGCCGAGGAUAUCAGUAUUCCGGGCAAUCCACCGCCGCCGCAGCAGCAGCCAGAUAGGAGGGGAGCUCUCUUGGGUUCCAGGUUUUCUGGGUUUGUCUUCUGCUUGAUUUCCCUCGCUGUUUUGGCUGCUGACAAGGAUCAAGGCUGGGCACUGGAGUCUUUCUACCGCUACAAGGAGUUCAGGCAGAAGAGGGACAGGGGGAAAGGCAAGAGACAGAGACAGUACAGUGUAGUAAGCAUGGAAUGA